UGCCUGAGCGCCAAUUCCCCUUUGGAAUGGCGUACAUGUUUGGACGUGUUUGCUCCGCUCGGUGGGAAAGCUGCGGGCCCGCGCUCGCUAUUUCGUUGUAAUCCCCAGCGCCAGCGCCGCCUCCGCGUAGACGUAGUAUCUUUGAAUCUGGCAACCGAAUCUUUGAAUCUCAGUGAUUUUUGCGAGCCGUGCGUCUUUUGUAUCUUUGGCCAAGCGGGGCGACAAAGCAACAAACAAAAAAUGCUAAACAACAAAGCUUUGGGCGAAUUGUGCGCGUAAUUCCGUUGAUUUGAGCGGCGUUGUCCGUGUUCGUGUGCAUGUGAGAGUGCAAAGGCAAUACGAAAUACAAACGUAAAACGGAAAUGCAAAGAAAAAACAACACAAAACAAAGGAGAGCCGCCGCCAUCGCAACAACAACAACAAUAUGAGAAAAUACACAUCGUAACCCCCCGAAAACGAAAGGAAAAAGCAACAAACCGGAUCGCUCCAGACUGUAGGAUAUAGUCACAGACUUUGGUUGGAGACACCCGGAGGAGGAGAAGGAGGAGUCGGAGAAGGAGGAGUCGGAGAAGGAGGAGUAGGUGGAGAAGCCAUCGGGCAAAGGGCAUACACGUAGCCGAUUGCAAUGUUUUUGUUUUACAAUCGAAGCCUUUUUGUCAUUGAACUCUUGGAGAUCCUGCUGCUGCUGCUGCCCGUGCUGCUGCUGACCGAUAACAAUGGAGGACUGACCCUCACCAAACAGCCAACAACAGUUGCUGCCGCCGUUUCACAGCCGAAGAACACAAGCGCCCUUCGACCGUAUUUGCAGAUCAAGAAGCAUUCCGUCACCAGGGUGACAAUCAGCAAGCCCCAUGCCCCAUACUUUCUGCCAUGCGAACCCAUCCUCAAUCGCUACAGCAGCUAUCAGGACAACCAGCCCAUCUACUGCCUCUGGUAUCGGAAUGAUGAGGCCAUCGUUAAGUUAUCCAUACGCAAAAGUGAGUUUUUCCAGUACGAGAAUGGGACACUGCGCCUGCCACCAAAUGAGCGGGCCAGCGGCGUCUAUCGCUGCAAGAUCGAUUGGGAUGAGUCGGCUGUGCUAUCCGACAGCAUAACCGUGGAAUAUCCAGUUCUCAAACGCCUGUUUCCGGGCCAACAGCAGGCGGCUAAUAUCAGCGCUUUGGAGAGCCGACCCCUUGUCCUGAGCUGUCCCUUUCUCAGUGUGCCCGCUGCCCGGAUUAGCUGGUACUUUGGCAACGAAUCCCUGGCCAAUGACAACAGUGCUCUUAUCCUGUCGAAUGGCACAUUGAUUUUGCGGCAUUUGCGCCGCGAACAGGCGGGAAAAUACAAAUGCUUGGCCCAGAACCCCUAUGCCAGCAAGGCCCACCGCCAGUUCGUGUGGCUGCUGCGCGUCGAGCCGAAUGGGGGGGAGCGGGAGACGGCCGUGUCGGAGGCCCAGCUGCUGCCUGCCUUCCAGAAUGGCACCGUCUAUGUGGCUGCCGGGGGCUCUGUGCUGCUGCAGUGCCAUGCGGUGGCCGACUUUGUGCCCAUCGAGUGGUGGCUGCAGUACCCGAACAACACGCUGCUCAAGAUGAGCAACAACAGUGUGGCUCUGGCCAUCGCCAAUGCCAGCGAGUCGCGCCACGAGGGCUUGUACAGCUGCAUCACGCCCCUGGAGACGCAGACGUUCCAUGUGAUUGUAACGACACCGCCGCGCAUCGUGGGCACCCUGCCCGUGGAGCUGGUCUUCAUUAGCCUGUCGAAGACGCUGAGCUGUCGGGCCGAGGGCCAUCCCCAGCCGAUCAUCGUCUGGUACCACAACGGAGUGCAGCUGAACAGUUCCUAUACGCGGUUCAUCAGCGGCAACGAUCUGCACAUCCACUCGUUCGACCCGGAGGAGGAGGGCAUCUACCAGUGCAUGGCCCGCAAUGUGGCCGGCGAGGACUCGGCCACCGGUGAGAUGCGCUUCAAGCGGCAGCUGGAGCAGGGCAAUCCGUUGCAGAACAUUCGCUGCUAUCCGCACAGCUUCCACACCAUCAACAUCACCUUCGACAGCAGCACCCUGGAGUCCAUGUUCGUCGUGUACAUUGUGCGCAGCAAUCCGCACAGUUGGACCUCCUUUGCCCCCAUGAAACUGAAUCACACCUCGUUUGUGGUUAUCUCCACCAAUCUGCCGGUUUAUCGGCCCUUUGCCCUCAUCACACGAUUCCUGUAUCCCACCUCCGAGGUGCGCUCCGGCACGGCAGUGCCACAGCAAAUGAUUGUCAGCUCGCUGCGCAGUAUGCCAGUCACCUGCUGCACCCAGGGAUUAAUGCUGCGUCCCAUUGGCCUGGGCAAUGAUACCUAUGUGAAGUGGUCGCAGGCCGAGCUGGACAACAAGAAGUACUUCAUUCUGCAGUUCUCCAUCAAUCACACGCAUCCGCAUCCUAGCCAGCUGCUGAACGGACCCCUCCAUGGCACCCUGUCGCCCGUCGAGGAGAAGGUGGACGAAGUGCGCCGCCAUUUGACCAUCAUACAGCCCCUCAAUCAGACGGCCGCUGCCACUGUUCUCCGGAAUGCAGAGCACGAGGUGCUCGACAACGAGGUGGACGAUCUAACGCUGGAAAUGGAGGAGGACAUAUUCAGUAUGGUGGUGGAUGCCAGUGUGACGGGCAUGCUGCUGCAGCGCUUCAUGCGGAUCAAGAUGCGGGUGCUGAUCAUCACCAGCGAGAACGAGUUCCUCGGCCAGGACUUUCGCUAUGUCCAGUGGAAGAUUAUCGAGAAUGGAACCUCGGAGCAGUCGAAUAUGCCGUUUCGCCUGACCACCAUGGAGUCGCGGGCGCUGGCCUUCAAGUUUCUGGACAGCCUCAACGAGACGUGCGUGUACGAGUGCCAUUUGGUGAAGCCCAUGCAAAAUACCAAUCAGGAGUCCAAGUGCCAGGAGCGCACUAUUUUCAACUCUGUGCUGCUGGUCAGCGGCCUCAGUGCCAACGAGCGGUACAAUUUCCAUUUCUACAACUGCAAGACGCGCAUCUUCUAUGGCGAAAUAGACGUUCGCACCCUGCCGGAUCCCCCUGGCACCAUCAGCAACUCAAAGCUGAUCAAGCAGAACGGCCUGAAGCUGAUCUGGGAGCCCCCAGUGAACCCCAAUGGACGGGUGCACCACUACAACAUUAUCUGGACCCUGGACAGUGUCAUGCACGAGGCAAAUGUGCUCGAGUGCAGCGUCUGCUCGUACAAGUUUCCCAAUGUCUCGGUGUCGGAUAAAAUCCAUGUGGCUGUCCGCGUGGUGGGCGAGACCGGCGUGGGGGCACCCAUGUACUUCGACAUGGCCAGCAAUAGCCACAAUCUGCUGGAGGAGGACCGAGCCUCGUCCCGCUCGGAGGUGUACAGCGGCAUUGCCAUCGGUUCGCUGCUGUCCAUCGCCUGCGUCAUUAUCUUUGCGCUGUUCAUCAUCCUGCAACAGCGGCGGUUCAAGGCCCGCGUUCAGGGACCCACGCACCUCAGCACGCCCACGGACAUUAAUUUCGGGAACCUGAGCAGCGCCUCUGGGAUGCCCGGCGACAGUGCGGGCGGCCUCAGUGGCGGCACCCUGCAGCAGGACUGCCACGAGAUGCAGACGCUCAUUCCCCGCUCGCGGUACCACAUCGAGCUGCUGCCGGAGCACACGCUGGAGUACCAGACCAGCUCGGCACACGCUGCCGCCGUCCACCUGCCCAAUGGCCAUGGCAGUGUCCAGAUCGUCGCCCGACUACCGCCCCACGAGGGACACUCGGAGCUGAGCAUUGCCGGGGUGCAUAAUCUGUCGCAGCUGCCGCUGUGCGGAGGGGGAUCGCCGGAGCGCAAGACGGUGCAGGAUGCCAUGCUGCAGGAGGCCAAGGCCUUCUACAUUCCCUACCGCCACACGCCGCCCAAUGCCGUGGCUCUGGGGGCGGGCGGGCCCAAACAAUGUUCCUCGUCCAACGGCGAUGGCGGCGGCUGCUUGGAAGUGGCUGUGCCGCCCAACUCUCUGCCCCUGGUGGCCACCGUAACCGGGCUGGGUGGGGCCGGUGGGGGCAGUGGUAGUGCCAGUGCACGACGGAGCGGCAGCCUCAGCAGCAGCAGUGCCAGCAGCAGCAGCAACGGCAGCAGCAAGAAGCAAUUCCACACGAACUUUGUGCGGCAUUCGAAUUCCAACGAUGGCAUCUGUCUGCUGGCCGAGGAGGAGGCGGCCGCCACCCUGACACCCACCUCGGAGCACGAGUAUGCUGCCGUCUGUCUCACGAAUGGUUUCAAGUUACCCGCCGACAUGACCAAGCAAGCAAGGUCAGCCGCCGCCAAUGCAUCCACCAAAUACAACAACAGCAGCAGCAAAAGCGGCAGCAACAACAACAACGGCAGCAGCAGCAACAACAGUCAGAAGAAGAGGCCGGCUGCCGGCCAGCCAAAGGAUCGCCAGCGAGGCAAUGGCAAUCCGAUCUCGUUCAGCCACAAUGCAUCCAUAGUUCCUGCCAACGGACCACAGGCAUCGUCUGUGGCAUCCGUUGACAACACAACCACUGCCACUGCCACAGCCAGUGGCCAGGUGGCCAUGAGUAAGCAGCCCUGGCCAGCGGCGACAGUGGUCCAUCGCCGGGCCCAGGUGGAUCCCAAUGGGUGAGGCCACAGCCACAGGGCAGCAGACCCGCCGCCAAGCCAAGCAAAAGUAUUUUUAUGAAGCUACAAAGAGAGAGAGAGAGAGAGGAGUAAGGAAACCACCACAUUCACAGCUCGAAACAUUCCAAAAGACAAUUAAGGAUGAGGAUGAGGAUGAGGAUGAGGAUGAUAAGCAUUUAUAGAGCAUACAUUUUAUAAAUGUAGGAUAUUUAAUAAUUGAAAAACUGGAACUAUGGGAGAAAUGAUUCGAUAAGGAUGAUAUUUAUACACACACACACACACACACACACACACAAACACAUGCACAUACAUCUAUACAUACAUACAUAUAUACGCUAAGUUUUAAGCUAUAGGCUUUUGGGUCUCGCGAUAUUUUACUAUAUAUAUUUUUUACUAUAUUUUGUAUUUGUUUUAGUUUUUGUUUGUUUUUUUUUUUUUUGUUCGUUAAUUGAGGCUAAUUUUGACUAUAUGUAACGUCUUCAAACAUGCAUAAAAUACAAUAGAAAAAACCAUAAUUUAUUGUUGCAUACCGAUACCGAUACGAAAACAUGCAUAGACAUGUUAAUGCAUGACAAUUAUUUGUCACUAGUAAUUACGUACUACAUUUAGCAAUCUACUGGUAACCCGGACUGCCGCAAAGAUUCAAUUACAGCCACACACACAACUACAGAUACACAUAUAUUUAUACAACAAGCCAAACAGAAACCACACACAUUGCAAUAGCCCACACCCACACACUCCCAACCACAGUCACAGCCACACCCACACACAAAACCACAAUAGUCACAAGUGUUCACAUCGAUUCACCGAUUUAAAACGUAAUGUAAACCAUAUUUGUACGAGUAUUUGUAUUCUUAUUUGAUACAUGCACACAUGACACAUACAACUAAAUAUUUAAUUUCCGCAUAUUUUUACUGCUGAACUUUUUGUUUUUGUUUUUUUUGUAUACAACCGAUAUAUCAAAUGUACCUGAUUAUAUUCAUUUUUGCAUUCUUAUUUCUCUGUGCUCUCUAUAGCUAUAAACACAACAUAACACACACACACACAUAUAUAUAUAUUACAAUUAUAUAAGUACAUAAAGUAUACCAUAUAUAGAAUCAGGCCACAGAAUCCAUAGCAUCCUUACUGUAUUGUAUAUUCGAUUCAGCAACCGUACCUCGUUUGUACAAAAAAAAAAAACCAACAACGCCAAAACAUACAGCAACACACACACCCACAAUUCAUACCCCCUACUCCUAACUCACAUACCAUGAUAUUAUUUUUGAUAAGCAUAGAGAAAAGAGAACAAGUUAAAAGUAGUAGCCACGCAAACAGCCAGGAUAAAACUAUGACAGUGUAUUUUGUGAAUGUUGUUCAGUGUGAAAAAUGAGACACAAACACAUAAAUAUAUAAAUACAGAAAAUAUCUAAACAUUCCACAGACGUAUGCAACACACACAGACAGACAACAAACACACAGAGAACAACAAAAUUCGUGAACACCAAUUAGAGAGAAACUUUAAAUAAUGAAAAUAUGAAAAUAUAUAUACACAUACAUACAUAUGCGCUAUAUGAUUGAAGAAAAUGUGUGUGUGUUUGAAAACUGUAACUGUAAACUGUAUACGUAUUUAGAGUCUAAGUGCAAUACCAACAAAAAAAAAAUACAUACAUACAUAAAUAAAUAGCUAAAGCAAAACCCUAGAGGAUCCCUGAGGCAAGAAACCAACCAGCAACUAUAAACAAUAGUACCUUUCCAUACAAAAAAA